AUGCCUCCCUGGUUCCGGAAAGGCAUCGACCCUGGUACUAUUAUCAACUUCGACCAGCCCGUUCCUUCGCGAUGGCAAAUCGUCCAAAAGCUAAGUGAAGAGGACUGGCAACUUACCGAAGCCGAGUACCGCCGUGGUGAACGCCUCUCUUUCGCUGUCACCAAGCUCCUAUGUUGUAACCCGAAGAACCCUUCAACCUUCGCUUUUAUGCGAAUCUAUCUCCAAGUCCCUUACAGUGGAACUGAGAUAGACGACGCGGAUACGAGGGCUACCCAGGCUGCCACACUCAUCCCGAGAGAGCUCCUUGCCUACCAGGACCUUACUGCCCAAGACAUAGGAUGCACUCCGAAGCUCCUCGGGUAUAAAGUCUCAACGCAGGAUAAUCGGGGUCCAGUCCCGGGAGGAUUCGCAGUCUACCUAGUAUGGGAGAAGGUACCAGGAGUACGCCUCGGCAAUAAGGAUGGGUCGAACGAGUUCUGGGCCUUGGAUAAUGCCGAGAGAGAAGAAAUCCGGCAAUACUUCGAGAAGAACCUCCAGGCAAUCAGGGGAAUCGGGUAUUUCCCUGACACCUCCGCGCUUAGUAGCUUGGUAUGGGACAAGAAUUCGAAAACCCUUUACUUCAUCGGAUUUCGCCGCCGCAACAUCGUAUCCACGGCCCAAACCGAACCUCCCCCUCUUGACAUGACCAAACGACUAGCAUUUUUUGGGCUCGUCGAGCCGAACUCCCGUGCAUGGCUCAAAGAGGGAUGGGAUCGGGACACCACAAAAUGGAAAUGGUAA